UCUGAGUCACUGCUUCCCAGACAGUCCCUCACCCUGCUCCCGCAACUGGAACCCCCACCCGGCCCCUCCGGCCCCGCGGACCCGCGGCAGGACCCGAUCCAGCUCAGUCCCAGCCGGAACCGAACCCGGAACCAGAGCCGGAGGACCCGAAGGCAGCAGACCCAUGUUCGCCCCCCUCCUCCGGCGGCCCCCCGACGGGCCUGCGGGCCUCAGCUUGGAGCACAUCCCGGUUCUAGAGACCAAGGUUGGCACGCUGGUGGUCCUGCUGGUCGUCACGCUGCUGAGCGGCUUCACACCGCUCUGCGUCCUCCGGAGAACCUGCGGCCUGCAGCCAGACGUGCGCCGCCUCCUCCUCAGCCUCCUCGGCUGUUUUGCUGGAGGAGUGUUUCUGGCCGCCUGCCUGCUGGACCUGCUGCCUGACUACCUGCAGGGCUUCACCCAGACCUUCAGCGAGGCCGGCGUCACGCUCCGGUUCCCCCUCCCGGAGUUCAUCGUGGCUCUGGGCUUCUUCCUGGUCCUGGUCCUGGAGCAGCUCACCCUGGCCUUCAAGGAGCAGUCGUCGUCCCUCCAGGAGGAGUGCCAGGGCCUCCUGGUGGACCCGGCCGACCCGGACGGGCCCGUCCAGGUGGACUCGGGCGCUCGGUCGGCGCUGCGGGCCUUCGUGCUGGUCUUCUCGCUGUCGCUGCACUCGGCGUUGGAGGGGCUGGCGGCGGGGCUUCUGGAGGCGGGGCUCCUGGAGGGGGGGCGGGACGUCCCGGGGGUCUGCCUGGCUUUGAUGGUCCACCAGAGCGUCGUGUCCUUCAGCCUCAGCAUCCAGCUGUCGCGCGGCCGGCUGCGGCGCUCGGUGGUGGCCGGCUGCCUGCUGCUGUUCGCCGCCGCGUCGCCGACGGGCGCAGCGCUGGGCCUCGGCCUCGCCCGGGGCCAGGCGUCGCCAGUCUUACAGCUGGCGUGCGGCACGCUGGAGGGGCUGGCGGUGGGAACCUUCAGCUACAUCAUCAUGGAGGUCCUCCCGCACGAGCUGGCCGCCGCACGCAGCCGCAUCCCCAAGGUGGCGGCGCUGCUCGGUGGCUUCCUACUGUGGUCACCGCCGUGCUCUUCAUCAAAUUGUAGCCAUGGCAACGCCGGAAGUGACGCCAUCUCUUAUUUCCUAAAUUAAAUGUCACAUUUCGAUGAAGCGUUUCACUGAAAGUUUUAUGAAAGUCGAUUUCAGAUUGUUGGGAAAAAAAAUAGUAGGAUAAUGUGCUACACUACCCAGUUUGUCCAACUGUGGCCCGAGGACCUAAACCAGCUCCCAGGAGGCACUGGCUCCAGCCUGCAGGAAGAUAGUGACUGAAAACCUCAACAUUUCGACAUUUGACUUUUGUCCUUCAAACUGUCCACUGGUUGAUGUACAGAACACACUUUAAGAAGUUAAAGCGGUACUUUUAGAAGUUCAGAGACGUUUAAUUCCACUGUUGUUAUUUCAUAUGUUUUAUAAAUAAUAAUGUCUUCAUAAAAAUAAUAUAUGUUCUGAAAAACUGAAUGUAGAUUCCACUCUGACCAUCUGACUCGAACUCGGCGGCUCCUCUCCGGGUCACCGCCUCGCUCCGCCGGCAGGGGGAGCUCGGCGGCCUCCUGCGAGCUCGCACAGCACCUCCUCGGCCAACAGGAGGUCUCACUCCGCCGCCGCAGGAAGCACGCGGUGGGCUCCGGCCCGCGAGGGGCGGGCACGCUCCGCCCACGCCGCCGUGUUCUCAUUUGACCUCGCACAACGCGCGUGCUCUGCAGCAGAAAGCCCCGUAACCAUGGAGACCAUUCCCCCGCCCCAUCUGUCUGUUUUCGCGCGCGCGCACCACACACACACAGAUCCUGAAGUGUAUAAUAAUAUAAAAGUUCGUAAAUUAAAUUUAACUAAACCACAUUCCAGAAAGUUGAGGCAGCAGUGAGAGGAACGCCAAAAAUAAGACUUGGGGGUUCAAAUAUAACCCUGAGGGCCAAAACCCAGUCCGUCACAGGGUCCCGUUUUUGGACCGAGGGACAUUUCUCAAAGUGUAAACAAUAAAAAAUAAAAAUAAAAAGAUGCUCCGGGGUUCUACUGUUCUCCUGUUCCGG